AUGACUUCAGCUUCAAAUUUAGCAAACAUUUAUGCAAGUUUAUUACGAAAAUAUGAUAAUAAUUAUAUGAUUACAUACUGUGCCACGCCCUCAUAUAUUAACAAUGUUAUUGGACCACAUGAAAAUGCAGGAAAAAUUGUCCUCUUUUAUAUUGAGGAUCGUUCCAAAGCCAAACAACCCAUGAACUUUAUGUCACCGUCGAAAUUGAAAAUUGGUAAAUCACCAGAUGAUUUAGAUUUAACCGGCAGCCCCCUAAAGGAUGACUGUGAUGUGGAUGCAAUUGCUGAUAUGUCUCUGGAUAUCAACUUAAUUGCCACAAAUCCAUGGAAAAUGGAAGAAGAAUAUCAUAAAGGUAUUCCCGUGGAAAAGGCGAGAUCUAUUAUAUGCAGUUCUGAUUUUCAACGUGGUCCUGCGGCUAAAGAUGCCCUUGGUUCAGUGUGGUUUCUUUGUUCCGGCACUGAUGCUGCAAAAACACUUCUUUUACAAUAUGAAUUUUCACCACAACAUGCAGUUCGCGGUAUUAUCUCGUAUAUGGGUGUUGUGCCUUCAUAUUGUGUUACAACACAGAGUCUAUUACAGCAACAUUAUUCAUUAAUUGGCAAGGGGGCAACGGUAAAGACACACAUUGAGAAUACCUAUCAUGUCAAAUCGAAUAUAUCGCUGAAAUGUUCAUGGUCUACAGCAUCGAUGAUACCGUCGUUAAUUGAUUUGAAUACAUGUGAAGUUACCCUAACACAAACAUAUCGUCUAAGUGAAUCGUCAUCAUCGACAGAGGUGUUCAUAAACCAAUUGAGAAUAUUGACAACAAUACGCGAUGAUAUUUUAUCGUAUAAACAAGCUGAAAGUGCUGAUAUUUCCAAGGACCCAAUUUACAGAUGUGGAAUUGGUAUUGAAAUGGGCGAGCUACGUGAGAAUAUCAACAAAGUUAUGACUGAAAUAUCCGAAAUUGAUUCUAACAGUGGGGCAGAACGUGAUAUUGAAGAUGUCAUACAAAGUGCCAAAACACGGCGAUUGUCGGAUUUGACCGACAAACUGUGGGAUAUCUUGAAAAGAUGUUCUUCAUAUAAAGAUUUGAAAAUGGCAUUCAAUAUACUAUUUCAAUGUGCAGCGCGCUGUAAUAUUGUGAAUACACCAACAAAUAAAAAUCGUUUAGCUGAAAUUAUAACCGAAGUUGCAAAUCGUCGUUUGGCCAUACCAUGCCUAUCGGGCUCAGAACCCUUGGAAUUGUUAUUGGAAAUUGGUUUGGAAAAGCUAUACAAAGAUUAUGAAUAUAUAUUUGUGGAGAGUAAAAUAUGCAGUGCCAAUGAUUUGAAAAAUAAGGGAGUUGCCCAGGAGAACAAGGAAAACUCCUCAACAGUGCCGAAUGUACGAAAAUCUUUACGUAAUGCUGUAUUGCAGGACAGUGCUGCUAUGCGUAAAACUUUGCUACACAACGAUGUCAAGAGUAAUGUAAAUACCAUGAAAAAUGAUGUGGUCGGCUUUAAGAAUAGCAAUUUUGAUGAACUUGAGACGGCUAAGACUCUAUCAAAAUUAUUACAAAUCCAUUGUACGUUGGAACAUCUUCUUAUGAUUCAUAUACAUUUGAAUAUAAGCAGUGUGUACUAUGAAGUUUGUGAUCAACUUUUACGAAAACCACCACGUAUAAUAGAUUCAAUAAACGAUUCUUUGGUUGAUGAAAUGGAAAUUCAAUUAUCAGCGCACUAUAUACGUGAACAUUUAGAGGGUAAAGAUCCACAUUCACGACGUAUUACAAUGAAAUCGAAAAAUAAAUUACGUGAAGUCAAGUCAACAUUCUAUUACAAUAUGGAGAAUAUUUUCCCACCGAAUAUUUCAGAAUGUUUUGGUGCCGAGGAAAAGGAGUACAGCAAGGAGAAUGUCUAUUAUAGUUGGUUAUAUCGUAAAAUUACCACAAUUAAAAUUGUUAUUGAAAUGGACGAUUUACGUGAGAAUAUCAACGAAGUUAUGAGUGAAACAUCGAAAUCGAUUCUAACAGUGGAGCCGAAG